AUGGAUAGCUAUCCAUUUUUGGAUUCUCAAAUGAAUUCUGAUUUUAUGUCGGAAUUUUCUUCCUUUAUAAACGAAGUCGGUGAGGGUGAUUACACAGAUAAAUUUUCUACUGAUGAAAUAUUCCCAUCACGCGACGAUAUGAUUGAUUGGGUUCGGAAGAUUGCAUUUCAGCUUGGAUUUGUGGUCGUCAUCGUAAGAUCUGACACAGCAACUGAUGAACCUGAAAGAAAGACAUUCGUUGUGUUAGGCUGUGAAAGGAGUGGGAAAUAUAGGAAGUAUAAGCAAGACGUGCAACCUAGUGUGUCUGGCACGAGAAAAUGUAAGUGUCCAUUUAAGUUGAGGGGUAAACCUAAAGGACACGGUUGGGUGUUAAAGGUUAUGUGUGGUUAUCACAACCAUGAAUUAGCCGAGACUUUGGUCGGUCAUCCUUAUGCGGGGAGGUUAAAUGCUGCUGAACAAUCAAUUCUUAUUGACAUGACUAAGAGUUAA